AUGCUUAAUAGUAAUCCGAUUGAAACUCCAAUCGCUAAAGGUGAAGGCCUAAGCCUACAGAUGUGCCCUCAGACCAGUGAUGAGAAAAGUGAGAUGGAAGGAGUACCAUACUCUAGUGCUAUAGGCAGCUUGAUGUAUGCUAUGAUGUGCACCCGGCCGGAUAUUUGUUAUGCGGUAGGCUUGGUAAGUCGUUACCAGUCAAAUCCUGGAAAGAAACACUGGAUGGCAGUGAAGAGGAUCCUCAGAUACUUGAAGGGGACAAUGGACUAUUCCUUGUGUUAUCAAGGAAGAGAUUUACACUUGACAGGAUAUACAGAUGCCGAUUGGGCUGGCGAUCUGGAUGAGCGUAGAUCAACUUCGGGAUAUGCUUUCUUGUUGAGUAAUGGAGCCAUUACUUGGAGUAGCAAAAAGCAAUCUAGCACAGCUUUAUCAACGAUGGAGGCUGAGUUCAUUGCAUGUUCAGCAUCAGUGCAAGAGGCUGUAUGGCUAAGAAGAUUCUUACAAAGUUUACAAGUCACUACGGAGGCUUCGUGUCCUGUGACUAUUCAUUGUGAUAGUCAAGCUUGUAUAGCUUAUAUGAAGGAUCUCAAGUAUCAUGGGAGGACAAAGCACAUUGAAAUUAAACAUAGUUUUGUGAGAGACAUUGUGGCAAAGAAAGAAGUAUUUCUUAAGUACAUAUCUACGCAUAGAAUGGUGGCUGAUCCGUUUACUAAGCCCAUUCCUAGAGAUGUUUUUCUUGCUCAUGUUCGAGCUUUAGGUUUGCGUAGAAUUUAG